UUUCUCUCCGCCCCCUUUUUUUUUUCUCUAAGCGAUUGGCUGCGGUACCCGAAAUCAAGAACCUGGAGGGCGAUAGAUUUUACUUUCUUUCCCCCUAUUUGGAUAAUAUCUUGUGUUGUCCGAGAAAAGGGAUCGCCUUUGCUGCUUGUGCUUAGAUAGAUUGGGGAUUUGUUGAGGGAAUUGUUCCGGAAGAUGAGUUUGCGAAUGGUGCAAUGUGAGCGAAUCUCGAGCAGACAGGGAAUUAGUUUCGUCUUCGUGCCACCCAAUGACUUCUGAGGGGUUUUCAAUUCCUUUUUUUGGAAUAGAAUAUUGUUCUUCAAAUACAAAGUGUGGAACUGGGACCCGAUUCUUGAACUAAGAAUCUCGACUCCUGAUCUCUGCCUUCCCCGUCUCCGAGAUCUGCCAGUGCGCCCUUGUCUCCAAGGGAAGGAUUGGGAGGAUGACAGAAGCUGCAAUUACAAGGUAUUGGUGCCAUGAAUGUGAGCACGCUGUUGACUUUGAGGAGGCCAUGGUCGAGGCCAUGGCUGAGGAGAUCAAGUGCCCAGCCUGCGAUGGUGGAUUCAUUGAAGAGAUGAUUGGCGAGGAAUUUGAGAGGUUGACCAGCCAACAGUCAGAGCGGGAUUUAUCACAAUGGGGAACAUCUGACAACCCUUUUGAGCAGCCAGGAGCGAUAGCUGACAGCGAGGAUGAUGAUGAAGAAGAAGAUGAUGAUGAUAUGGGCCGUGAGUUUGAGGGUUUCAUCAGGAGGCAUCGACGGGCAUCAGCCCUUCGUCGGGUACUUGACAGCAUCCAAGAUGACCUCAGAGCUGACAGGGAAAGGGACAACUCUAUUCUGAUCAAUGCCUUCAACCAGGCCCUUGCUCUGCAAGGCUCAGUGCUCGAUCCUGAUGAGGCCCGGGAUGACCAAGGCAGCUCUAGCAAUGAUGAUGGUUUGCUGGAGGAGUAUGUGCUGGGGGCUGGGCUGGGCUUGCUGCUUCAACAUUUGGCUGAGAGUGACCCAAACCGAUAUGGUACCCCUCCUGCUAGGAAAGAGGCGGUUGAGGCUUUGCCCACUGUUAAAAUCGAAGAGGUUGUCAGCUGUUCAGUCUGCCUUGAUGAUCUUGAGCUGGGUUCCCAGGCAAAGCAGAUGCCUUGUGAGCAUAAGUUCCACUCUCCGUGUAUCAUGCCAUGGCUUGAACUCCAUAGUUCAUGCCCUGUGUGCCGGUUUGAGCUACCAUCUGAAGAGAUGAAAGACUUGAACGAGCCUAGCAAUGUUGUUAGAACAGAGAGCAUUCAUGACGAAAUCAGAGCUGAUGGCCCUGGGAAUGACAGUGAGAGCAGUAACAGAGCUUGGGCCCUAGCUCCUUGGUUCAAUGGGCUAUUCUCGGCACCUGAAUCGCAAACUACCAGAGGCGCUUUGACUGAUCAACAGCCACCUUCAGCUACUGGAACCAACCCGAAUGCUGGGGAAAGUUGAUUUCAUCUUCCUUUGUGAAUAAUGCUCAUACCUCUGAGGAUAGCAAUGAACCAUGUUGGUAGAACACUUCUUUUUCUCUAGUGAUAAUCCUUCUUGGAUGAAUCACAAGGUACAAAGUUUGUGGCUGCUCUGUUUUGCCAUAUGUUUAGCGAUCAUUUAACCUUUCUUGAGUUAAUUGCUGCUAAGUCAAUCUGGGUCCUGUGCAAUGCAAGCAUUUGCCUUCAUGUCCACUGCCUUGAGCUAACGGCAAUUUUUAGUUGCUUGUGAACAUGAAGUAGAGAUAAACCUCGUCAUAUUGAGUUCUCGUCGGAAAUCAAUGGGUAGGGAAGUACAGAUGUCAGUCUCAAGCAAGGCAACCUGUUCAAUUAUUGUGAACAAAUUUGAACAUCUGGUUGAAGAUGUAAGAAUUUCUGGUGGUAUCUGUUGCGUUGAUGGAAUGCCUUUGGGCUAUUUUUCGGAA